AUGACGGUCCUAUAUGGUGAAGCCUUGUGGCAGCAGCGGGACAAAGAGUACUUUCUUGACAUUGCCGGCGAUGGUUUUGCCAUCGCGUCGUCGGGCAAAGAGGCAGAUCCCGCCGAGGCUGCCGAGUUGAUAGAGCUUCUGCAAGCUGGAAACUGGCGCGCUUGCAAUGUAAACGACUGUUUGGCAGAGUGUGUCGCGGCCGGUUGCAGUUGCAGCAGAUCAAUCAAUCCCAUCGCCCGCGACAGCUUCUUGAGGCUGGCUGUGGACCACAUACGGUCCACCGGUAUGGGUCGGGAAGAGGUCUCCUAUGCUUCAUUGGGUAGUGGGCUGUUGCGCUUCGACUUCUGCCUGUUGGAGCUAUUGCUGGCAGCUGGAGUUCCAGUUUCUUCCGUGCACCUCGUGGACUCUCAGUACGAGCCGGAUGCCAAAGGGUACCUGCGCCACCGUGUAGCGCUGGCCCAGUUUGCCUCCUGGUUUGCUGGCCGCGGGGUUGACGUGUAUGCUCACUACUCCCUGGAGAGAUAUGCCUUUGAAGCCCGCCGCUCCGAAGCGCUUCCGACGGCGGUGGUGCAGGUGGAUUGCACGGAGCUCACGACAGUUUUCGAGAAAGAGGUGAAGCCGAUGCUGGAAGAAGUGCUGCAGUAUGACGGCCUCUACUGCGCACUGACAUCCCGAGAGGGCGCCUCUGGCGCAGGAUCCUUGGGGUCAACCAAUGCUUGGGCAGAGUUCUGGCGGUUGCAGCAAGACUCGGGCCGCAUGAAGUUGGAGUCGCUGACUUGCUUUAGGCCUGGCGAUCGCAGUGGGACUCAGGUGGAUGUCAAUGAGCCUCUACCUCGUGCAGUUGAUCACUGA